AUGGUAUAUAGCGGAAGCCAGCAAACGGUCAAAACAGCUCCACCAUGCCAUAAGGUGUUCAAAUAUCUGGUGCCAAUGCUGAUUGCCCUCCUGGCCAUCAAGUGCCAAGCCAAAGGUGUGGAUCCCUUUGAAACUAGCCUUAUUAAUAUGUGGUGUUGCUGUAUAGCCAUAUGCAUCUACUACCUUGCAAUGGGAAUAAGAAACCACAUUCAAACCCGUACUAUAAAAUACUCGCGAAUCUUAAAUCAUGUUAUGCUCAUCUUUGGAACUAUUUCAUCGGUUUCACUAUUAUCGGUUAUCUUUCCGCACUUUCCCAGACAACUCAUUUUGGUUGUACCGGCAUUUUUGCCAAUAAUAUUAGCUCAAAAUAAGCUGAAGCAUGGGUGGCACUGGCUCUACAACCAAGUUAUCCAUAUUCUCGACGUUUGGAAUUGGGUCCCCGAACGCAAUGUCACAGAGCAAGAGCCAAAUCUAUCUCCACCAGUGCAGUAA